AUGGGAACACCAGAUAGUGACCUUCUAGACUUUCAUACAAAAUGGAUAGGCAACUGGGAGGAAUGCCUCGCAGUCCAAGCAAUCGAGUACGAGAAUCCAGCAGAGUUUGGGCAAGUAGCGGCCUUGAUGAUCGGCAUGUGUUAUCCCGACUCCUGUAGCUCCGCUGACGCAACAGCCUUAGCUAAAUCACGAUCAGAAUAUGGCUCUAUCCGUGAAGUGAAUUAUGGACAUAUUUCAAAUCGUCACGUGACUGUCGUUACGGAAUCAACGCCGCUUUACAUUGAUGUGGGUAAUCAGGACUUGAAGACUAGUGACAUAGACCAUACUGAACAGAAAAUGAAAAAGAAAGCAUCAGAUGGAAAAUAUCAACCAGGAACUUUGGGGAAGUUGCUAUUAUCAUUCUCUGUAUACUCAAAUGCUCCAAAGAUUUUUAAUACAAACCAACCUGCCGGAACAUUGACCAGCGUGAAUGGAAUACGCUUCGUCAGUAUGACAUGGGUUAUAUUAGGACACACGUAUGACUUUGGGCUCACCUUAACCGAUAACGUCGCUACAUAUUUUCCACAACUGAUGAAGAGAUUCACAUUCCAAGCAGUGUCUAAUGCCACAGUCUCUGUUGACACGUUUUUCGUUCUGAGUGGGCUAUUGGUAUCAUAUCUUUCGUUACGUGAAAUGAAGAAGAGUGGAGGAGCUCGCAGAUUUAAGUGGGGAAUCUUUUACUUCCAUAGAUUCUGGAGGCUGACACCACCAUACAUGCUACUGCUCAUGUUGUAUGUGCCAACAUUUAAAUACUGGGCAGAUGGACCAUUCUGGCCACAGAUAGGAGUAGAUGUCGAUGAAUGUAAUGACGCGUGGUGGACUAAUUUGUUGUAUAUCAAUAACCUUGUCAGGACUGACAAACUGUGUACGGGAUGGAGCUGGUACCUGGCGAACGACAUGCAGUUUUACGUGCUGAGUCCUGUUAUGCUUAUACCUUUUCAAAAUGCGACUGAUGCCAUGGAAGAGAUCUACAUCAAACCCUGGGCUCGUAUAGGACCAUAUGUCAUAGGUUUUUUCACGGGCUAUCUUCUAUACAUAACUGACUGUAAAGUUAAAAUGUCAAAGUUAUUAAAUAUAUUGGGUUGGCUUGUUGCAACAGGAGCCGCUUUGAUGGUUUUUUAUGGCCUAUAUACCCCAGACGGCUCUCCAAAAUUGGGCGUUGAUACACCCGCGCUGUAUAAUGCCACAUUUAGGAUGGCAUGGGGAAUGUGUGUUGCAUGGGUGAUAUUUGCAUGCACUUCUGGAUAUGGAGGUCCUGUAAAUAAAUUCUUGUCAUGGCGAGCAAUUAUUCCACUGAGCCGACUGACAUAUUGCGCCUACCUGGUACAUCCACUUGUUUUAUUUACAUAUUAUUAUAGCAGACGAACACUGAUGAGAUGGUAUGACCUGGAGCUGAUUUAUCUUUUCCUUGGUCACUUGUGUGUAUCCUAUGCAGCAGCUUUCAUUAUAUCAUUGGCUUUUGAAUCUCCUAUGAUGGGACUGGAAAAAGUUUUGGUGGGGAGGAAAAAGAACAGUUGAUAACCAUUUCAACAGAAAGACAUACAAAGUGCAAUAUUGCGGAAUGUUCAGAUUUUAUCAAGGGGAUAUUUGUAUAUUUUGUUUUAAUACUUUGUUAAACACUUCUCUACACUUUAUAGUUUUACAUGACAUUGGAUAUUUUGUUUUAAAUUUUGUAUGAACGGUGUUCGGUAUGAAAUGAUUAAACUCAGAUAAAUGGCUACUGUGGUGC